UUGGAGGGGCGUUGCCUCGUGGGCGCCGAGGGCUUCCGGGUUAGGGCGCAUAGGACGGAUUCUGAUUGGGCAGCUGUGCUGCCGGUCUCUGCCCCUCAGGCCGGGCUGCGGGGAUGGAGCUGCGGGCGCAGCUGACCGGGCGCGACGGGCAGGAGCGGCCGCUUCGCGUGCGCUGUGAGCCCGAGCCCGGCGCCGGCGGGGAGCUCCGGGGGCUGCUGCGCGGCGUCUCCCAGCUGCAGGAGCAGGUCUCGGCGCUGCUCGCGCCCCUAGUGGAGCAAGAGAGCGGGGGGCUCGCGGGGGCGGGGACCGCCGCCGGGCCGCGGGGUGAUGUUGGGGAGGAAGAGGAGGAGGAGGAAGAUGAAGAAAACAACAUUGAUGUCAAAACAUGUGUGGAUGGACCGCCUUUAAAACGGACAAAAAGUCAGCACUCCUGACUAUUGCUUUAAAAGCUAUUUAAUUUUUUAAAAAAUACUUUUCUGCUGUUGCAAAUGUUAGUGUUUAUAUUGCAUUGUUGUACCUCUGACAGAAACUAUUUUUGGAAACUAGACAACUACAUUUGUGUUCCUUUUGGUUAAGUUUUAGAAGGAAAAUGCCUUUUUUUUUCUGGUAUUUAACAUUAUUAAUAAAAAAAAACUGACAAAAAGAGAGUAAGGUGUUAUAUAGUAGAUUCUCUUACAUGGAAAGAAAUUAAUUCUUAAAUGUCUGGGAGGAAGAAAUUAUGAAUUGCCAGUGUCAAGAGGAGCCUUUGUUUGCAGAUGUCUCUUUACUAAUCUGGCCACUAAAGUUUGUGGUUUUGAAUCUUUUAAAAGUCAAUAUUAUUUUGUACUGCUUCUGGGCUCCCUGUAUUUUUCCUGCCACUCUUAAAAUAGAGUAAGUGACAGUUUAAAAAAAAGAAAAAGCAAGUUACUCUGCUGAAAUAUUAAACUACAAGAAACAAACUAGCAAUUUUAUAUAACAGUGCUAUUGAUAGGGGACUGUAUAAAAUAACCAGUAUUCCAGACCUGUUUAAAUAAAUUAGCAAGGAAGUAGUUAUUUACAAAAAAAAAUGUUGAUCAGCUUUACAAGAAGCCUAAAAGAUCUGUUUAUGGUGUUGGGUCUCAGAUACAUUUGUGUUUAACACUUGUCUUUACAAAGACAUACGCAUAGGUAUUUGGAAUCAGAAUCAUGUGGCUUUGGGUGCCACCAUAAUUCAAAUAAUAAAUAAAUACAAAAUGUGCCAUAAUUUGAAAAGGACACUAAAAUACAGUGUUAAACCAAUAAAUGCAAGAAAUUGUCAGGAGAGUGGUGUCAGUUAUGUAACACCAACAGUGUCUUAUCUAACUUAAAAAAACAAAAAACAUAACCUACCUCACAACAAUGUUGUAAGGAUGAAUUGGGUUAUAAAACACCCUGGAAGUGCUAAGUAUUGUAUAAAAAUUUGUCUUUAUUUGGAUAUGGGCAUUAAGUAUAGUAAGCAUUGUCAGUUUUGCGGUUCACUCGGUUGACAAUGUGUCUGAUCUGUUAGUUAGUUUUGUGUGGUUUAGCCAUUAUAUCAGAUACGAAUAAGACCCUCAUUGUGAACCAUUCAUUACUUCACUGUAGCCAGCACCGGAAGUUUCCAUAUUCAUUAGUGAAUCUUAUCUGUCUAAGGGUUUUGCCUUGCCACCCAUCAUUACAGUGUUUUAAGUGCCUUCCAGAAAAAACAAUUUGGGAGUACCAAAGUCCCUGGUGGACUUUGUCUGUCUCACUUCCCUUUUUGAGUUAUAGAGACACUGCAUGAGUAGGGUUUUCUUCAUUUAUUAUUUUUGGUUGUUGCUGGUGUAUUAUUCUGGUUAUGAUGGAAAAGCUUCAAUCUGUUAGUAUCUAUACAUACUGCCAUGCAAUAAUUGCUAGUGAUUACUGUGACUACUGCUCUUGAUUGGCUUAUUACACAUAUGAAGUGUGCAUGCAGUCAGUGUGUGCUAAAACAACCUGUCAUUGUUACCUCAUCUUGAUGUCCCACUCCACUUCACCAGCUUGUUUUUCACUCACCUAAAUCUUGUGCAGUGAGCUCUGUGCAGGUGGAGCUCUGCCCAUGAAGUUCCUUGCUCAAGUAAAAAGGGGGGCUUUGCAGGCACAGUGGUCUGCCUGCCCAGAGCAGCUUUGGGUUGAGCAUUGGCCUGCUAAGCCCAGGGUUGUGAGUUCAAUCCUUGAGGGGGCCAUUUAGGGAACCGAGGUAAAAAUCUGACUGGGGAUUGGUUUUGCUUUGAGCAGGGAGUUGGACUAGAUGACCUCUUGAGGUCCCUUCCAAACCCUGAUAUUCUAUGAUCUAGGCCUUUAGAUUAUAAAUCCUUUUGGAACAGGACCUAACACAAUGGGGUCCUGACCUGGUUGAUUGUAUCACCAUCUAAUAUACAUCAAAUACACAACUGCAAUAAUCAGGUUGUAACAUUAAUCUUACAGGAAUUAAGUUUACAAUUGCAUCAGCAACUCUACCUUCAUAUAGUGUUAUUAGACAUCUGCUGUAGCCUGUUCAGUUUGAAUUGCACUGAGCAAGUAAUGAGACACUUGCAUUGCAUGCCCAAAAGAACAAUGCAUUUACUAUGUAAACCUGAAAUUUUACUAGCACACAAUUGUAAAACAAUCAUCUUUUUGAAUAUAAAUUUGUUUGGCAGUCUGUUUCUGAUUUAAAAAGGGAGGGUUUGGUAAGUGCUGCGAGAGUGACAAAACAUAAAGAUGUUCACAUUCUGCACAAGAGUUAUAUUGGAUAUCCUCCAUGUAAAUCCAAGUGUCCUUCUACACAAGGAGAAUAUGGUUGCAAUGUAGUGACUUUAUUGAGUGAAGGCCUGGGACAAGAGAUAACAAAUGCAACAGUGAACUCUGGUCUCAUGUUAUGCUGCAAAUGAUUAGCACUAAGCAAGACAUCAAAAUAUAUGUAUAUUUAAACAGAUUCUAAAUAAAGUUUUAGAAUAA